AUGCUAAGCCCGCCAGGAAGCAACUUGCAGCGAUCGCUGAGAGAAGCUCUCGAGAGACGGGAAUCAAGGGGAACCCUUCGUUCACUCAAGAUUGUACCAACCGGCGCCGUUGACUUUUCUUCCAACGACUUUCUCUCUCUCUCAACCAACCCGACCUUUCGAAGCCGGUUCCUAAGCAACCUCGCCAGAGCUUCGAGCUCGCUCCCUCUCGCAAGCACCGGUUCGCGGCUGCUGGAUGGCAAUUCCCUUUAUGCAGAGCAGCUCGAACAGCAGAUUGCCAGCUUUCACAAUGCGCCCUGCGGCCUAAUUUUCAACUCAGGCUUCGAUGCCAAUUCAGGGGUGUUUGCAUGCAUUCCCCAGCCAGGAGAUGUGGUCAUCUACGACGAGCUGAUUCAUGCUAGUGUGCAUGACGGCAUGCGACUCUCUCGAGCUAGGAAACUGGCUCCCUUCAUUCACAAUUCGAUCGAGGAUUUUGAACGGGUGCUCGAAGCACUCCUUCUCGAUGACCCUCUGCUGCUGGCCGGCCAACGGAAUGUGUUUGUCGCUCUGGAGUCGAUAUAUAGCAUGGACGGGGAUUUUGCGCCAAUACGGGAGGUUCUGGACAUACUAGAGAGGAAGCUCCCGCACGGGAACGGGCACGUUAUCGUGGACGAAGCUCAUGCAACCGGAGUAUUUGGCACGCAUGGCGCAGGUGUUGUGCAACAGCUAGGCGUGGAAGAUCGUGUUCUUAUCAGACUGCACACGUUCGGCAAGGCGCUGGCUAGCAAUGGAGCUAUCAUUCUUUGCUCCCCGCUUGUUAGAGAAUAUCUAAUCAACUAUGCCAGACCUCUCAUCUUCACCAGCGCCUUGGGCAUGCCCUCCCUCGCCGCAGUUCGCACAGCAUAUGAACUGAUGGAAGAAGGGCAAACACGAAAGCUGCAACUCCAUCUUCAGGACCUCAUCCAGCUCUUCCGUGAGAAGCUCAUGCAAGUUUCCCUAUCGGAUACCUCCAUACUUGAAGCAAAGCACUCUCCUACGUCGCCUAUCUUCUCCCUCCAAACCAAGUACCCCCGCGAACUAUCCAAAGCAUGCCAGGACGCAGGCCUGAUGGUUCGAGCAAUCAUGCCGCCCACGGUGCAAGUGGGGACCGAGAGAGUACGAGUCUGUUUACAUUCUGGAAACGAUAUGGAACAGGUACUAUUACUUUCCGGAGUAAUUGAGAAAUGGGUAAAGGAAAAAUCCAACCAUGCUACUGAGAAUAGGCUGGAGGCUGCAAAGCUAUAG